AUGGAAAUGAUAAGAGAAUGGGUAAAUCAUACAGAACCCAAUUUAGAUUAUAAAGAAGGUUUUGUUGAUGAUGGAGAUAAAGAUAAUGAUAAUUCACAAACACAAAAUAGAAAUGAAAUAGAAGAAGAAAAAAACGAUAGAAUUAAAAUAAUGGAUGAAUUAAUAAUAGAAAAAUGUAAAGUUAACUAUGCAAUGAAGGAUACGAGACAAACAAAAUCCAAGUCAUAUACAAUGUGGGAACAAAGAGAAAUUUUAAAAUAUAUUUUUAUAAAUAAAUAUGAAAACCAAGUAAUGGGUAACAAAAUAUGGCAACGAAUGGAACUGGAACAAAUUGUAAAAGAACGUACAUGGCAAUCGUUAAGAAAUCACUUUAGACGGACAAUCUUAACAGAACCAACAUUUAGUUUACUUGUCAAAGAAAAAGGAAAAGAACUAUUAACUAAAAAAUAAUUAUCAAAAUCAAUUGUUGCAUCGUUUUAACAAACACAAUACAAUUAAAUAAUACAAGUAAGUGAAUCAAAAUAAAUGAAUAAUAAUGAGGGAGCUUUCAAACCUCUCUGUGUGAUUUAUGUGAGAAUCUGUUCACAUCAAUUUUAAACAGAAAGGUUAUAGGAUAUGACAAAAUACCAGCGGAAUUCAUUCAGAAUGUAUGCCGCUGAAAUCAAUACGGCUUCCCAAUGAAAUCAAUAUGAUUGAAUUUGUUCGAUUAUUUAAUAAAAUUUAUGACAUCGGCGAUCUACCACAAGAUUUGAUAACAUCUGUCACGAUUAUCGCACAAAAAACACUCCAAUCAAAAGUUGUAAAAUUUUCAAUCGAUACAAUUUGCAUUCUUUUAGAAAUUCAAAAAAUUCACACCCAUGUGAAAGGCGUUUGCCAAUCUACAGUUGGUUGAUUUCGAACCCACCAGUUUGGAUUAAAAUUGACUAUAUACAAGCCAGUCAUUUUUAAAGAAUUUGUUGUUCCUAGACGACGUCAAUUGAUUGGUUCAAGUCCUGAAAAACGGCUAUGUCUUUACGAUACAGCAGCGAAUAUUGAAGAGACACGGCUUCACAUCUUGGCUUCAAAAUUUUAAUGAGAGGCAUUAAACCAGUAUUAUUAAUUACACAAUCAUGUUGUUUUUCGAACAGCGAUAAAAUCUGGUGGUUUUAAGUCACAUUCUAAGCGGUUAUUUUUGAGAAGUUUUACAUGAUCGUGUCGAGUUAGCUUGAUUUUUUAUUUUUGCGUCAAAUUAAAAUUUUGUUGUGGAUCAGGGGUUGGAGCGGAGGAGCGGAUAUCUUUUUUAGGAAGCGUAUAAUAUAUUU